GAAGGAGGAAGGAGGGCACACGUUACCUGGAAGCUCCCAGGACCGCACAGGCAGCGAGGGGGCUGAGCCGUAGCCACAGUCGGGUCUCAGACUAGAGGGCUGGGGGGGCGGGGAAAGGUGCCGCCUUAACUCCCCGCCUUCCUCCAGGACUCUGCCUUUAGCUGAGCGGUCGACGCCUCCGGGGCAGCUCUCCUCCUGCCUAGGCUGGCUAGGCGGCCAGCUGCUGGGGCUGCCUUGGCCCCCAUUCCCCGUAGCCUGAGCGCUCAGGCUGCCGCCAGGGCUGCGUCCAGCGCACCGAGGGCGCUUCUGGCCUCAGACUAGGACCGUGACCUGACUCCGGGAGGCUAAAGCUCUGGUGGGUGGCUCUGCCGGCUGGCUGUGAGAAAAGAGUCUGACAGACUGUCAGAAGUACUGACAAGCAAACUGACCUCCGGGACCUCAGCCUCGCGGGAAGAGAUGCCCCCUUCGCCGGCGCUGGCCCUCUUCUACCCGGGAGUGAAGAAGACGGCUGGAGGCUGCGCUUGAGGACUGCGCUGGCCCUCCAGGAGCGCAGUGGGGGCCCCACCUCGGUGGGGGUGAGCUGCAGCGGGGCUGGGACUGGGGACUGAGCUAGGACCCCAGAGGAGACCAGAGAGAAAACCGCGAAAAACAGAGCUGGGCCCCGCGGAGGGGCACAGAAACCGGCCAUCAGGUGCGAAGCUCUCUCCGCUCCACCCACAGACCGGUGCAGGGAGGAACCUCAGAGGUAUCUAGGCUGACCCGCCUCUGCCUCAGCAUUCCCACUCUUUGUCUCCUACACACAGGAGUGCAGCCUCUGAGGAGAGCCCUCCACUGAUGGGGAGCUCACUUCCUCCACCUUGGAUUGCUCUGCCCCAAGAUCACGCCGUUGCAACGUCACCAGUGAUGUAGGAGAGGAAAUGUUUUUCCAGAAAUUCCAGUAGCCUUGAGCAUCGCCAUUUUAAGUAUUUUGCCGAGUUUACAGAAUUGGUGCCCCUGUGAUUCUCGCCAUGGAGACGUUCUUGUGCAUCGUCCUUCUCACCACAUUCUCUUCUGGCCUGGUCUCCACUCUUAAUGACACAGAGCCAACCUUGGAGCCUGAGGUCAUCACGGAUGCCUCCCCGGAGCACCAAAAGAUUGUGGAUGCCCAGUUCAAGUGCUUUGAGCGAAUGAACAGCAAACCUCCCUACAAAAAAACAGGUCUGUUCUGUAACCGUACCUGGGAUGGGUGGCUGUGCUGGGACGAUACGCCUGCCGGGAAGGUCUCUGUGCAGAACUGUCCCGACUACUUCCCCGACUUUGACCCGACAGAACAGGCCUCCAAGUACUGUGACGAACAUGGGAACUGGUUCCAACACCCUGAGAGUAACCGGACCUGGUCCAACUACACACUGUGCAACUCAUUCACGUCAGAGAAGCUGAAGGCUGCCUACAUCCUCUAUUACAUGGCCAUCGUGGGACACACCCUGUCGAUCGCCUCCCUCCUUGGCUCGCUUGGGAUCUUGUUUUAUUUCAAGAACCUCAGCUGCCAGAGGAUCACACUGCAUAAGAACCUGUUCUUCUCUUACGUCCUGAACUCUCUGUUCACAAUUGUCCACCUGAUUGCAGUGGUGCCCAACACUGACCUUGUGAAAAGAGACCCCGUGAGCUGCAAGGUCCUACAGUUCUUCCACCAGUAUAUGAUGGGAUGCAAUUACUUCUGGAUGCUGUGUGAAGGCAUCUACCUGCACACUCUCAUUGUAGUGGCUGUGUUUGCUGAGGAGCACAGGCUGCACUGGUACUACCUUCUGGGCUGGGGUUUCCCUCUGAUACCAGCCUGCAUUCAUGCUGUUUCCAGAACCAAGUUCUUCAAUGACAACUGCUGGAUGAGUGUGGACACCCACCUGCUGUACAUCAUACACGCGCCCAUCAUGGCAGCGCUGCUGGUGAAUUUCUUCUUCCUGCUCAACAUCGGGCGAGUGCUGGUGACCAAGCUCCGCGACACCCACCGCGCCGAGUCCAACAUGUACAUGAAGGCCGUGCGGGCCGCGCUGAUCCUCGUGCCCCUGCUGGGCAUCCAGUUCGUCGUCAUCCCCUGGCGGCCCGAGAGCAAGCUGGCCGGAGAGGUGUACGACUACGUUAUGCACGUGCUCAUGCACUACCAGGGCUUGCUUGUGGCUACCAUUUUCUGCUUCUUCAAUGGAGAGGUCCAAGGAGCAUUGAAGAGACAAUGGGCACAGUAUAAGAUUCAGUGGGGCCAGCGGCGGAGGGAGCGCUGCUCCACCCGCUCCACCUCCUACACGGCCACCUCGCUCACAGAGGUCCCUGUUUACCUUUACUCUCCCGACUCCCACAAUGAACAACUCAACGGGAAGUUUGCCAUGGAGGAUUCCGAAAUCACCGCUCUGAGGUCUAGAGAGGUAUCCGCUUGAUUGGCUGGCAAAGGAGGUGUGGUGGGUCAUUUUGGUGUCUUCUUUUGUCCUCUUCCUGGCAGACUCUGGAGAUUCCUUCUCCAGGAAGCAAGUUUAGCGGCUAUGUGAAGAAUAUUUCAAUUGACUUGCAGAUGCAAGUCCUGCCCAGAGUGAGUAUCUGGGGAGAGUUAGCAUGUUUGAAUGCACACACACAGCAGUGUUUAUGACUUCUCCCAUCAUUAAUCCAGGACCUAGAACAAUCCUGUCACAGCUACAGGAACAAAGCCCACAGAAAGUACAGAAAAGUGAGGGGUUUGGGAGACAGGGUGCGCACUCGUCUUCCAUCCUGAGUCACAUUCAUACGUCACCCCUGAAGAAUGGCUCUCUCUUCUCAUGGCUCUCUGCUUGGAGGCUUCAGACCACAAACUUUCUGGGAACAUAAUGUUGGUUUCCCAGCUAAACAGGUCCAGUCUUCUGGGCUGUUGGUAUUUGUGGGGUGUCAUCCUGAUAGCAUGCCAUCUAAUGCUAGGCAACAUCUUCUGGGCUGAUUCAUUCAAACAUGAGCUACAUAUGCAAGUUUGGAAUCAAAGACUUUCCUGGCAAGUAAAUGCCAGGUUGGAGCAAAUGAGCAGGAUUUGGCUCAGGUCAUUGGACUGGUGCAUUUUUAACCCCUUUCUAAAAAUGCCUCCAGAGAUGCCGCCGUCCAUGAAAAGUUGGGCCUCCAGGAUCCAUGCCCACCUUAUGGACAGCUCCUGAGGCAUGGUGGGAGACUGUGUCCAGACCUGCAGCUUGCCUUGAAUGGAGGGGCGUCCAACCUCCAUGCCUGCUUUGUGGAUAACUCCCAAGGAACCGUGCACAGAGCUGCCAUUUUCAGGAAUGAAUGGCCCUCCAAGCUCUAUGCUCGCUUUGCAGAUGGCUCCCCAGGCAUGGCAAGGUACUGCACCCAGAGCUACAGCCUUCCCUGAAUGGAUAGGCCUUCAUGCUCACCUUGUAGACAACUUCCCAGGUCUAGUGGAGGAUUUUGCCCAGAGCCACCUUCUAUCAACAGAUGGGUCCUGAGGAUCUAUAUUUGCUUUGUGGUGAGGGGCUGUGCCCAGAGCUGCCAUCUUCUAUGAAUAAAUGGACCUCCAGCAGCAACGUUUGCCUUGUGAACAACUUCCCAGAUGAAGUGGAGGACUUUGCCCAAAGCUGCCAUGUUCCAUCAGUGGAUGGAACUAUGGAUCCAUGCCUGCCUUGCGGUGAGGGACUGUGUCCAGAACUGCCACCUUCCAUGAAUGAAUAUUCCUCUACACUCAUUGCUCUCCAACCCUGCCUCGUGUACAGCUCCCCAGGUGCAGUGGAGGACCAGAGGUAGUAUGCUCCAAUGGAGGGUAUUAAUUGUCCCUCCCCCCUUUAACAGCGGUUGGUUUUUCCAACUCUCCUAAACACCAGGGUUUGGAAGACAAAGGGAAGUUUGGGUGUCUGAGCCAUUUAAAGUGAUCUCCAUCUAGCAGAACACCCUCUGUCUGACUUCCCUAUGACUGACAGAUCAGAGGCCCAGUGGGAGUCUUCAUGGGCUUUGUCCAUGCUUAAGGCAAGUUUCUGAGAGAAGACUUCUCUAGGUAGAUUCAGCACUGGACAGCUCCCACUGGGCAUAAACCCAAGCAGGCUAGAAAUAUUAUUCUAGCUUUUGCCUGCCCAGCUAUUCACACACAGGGACGAGUUACCCUCCCUACUAAGCUCAAGACAUGUUGGUUGAUGCUUAGAGGAAACGAAGAGUUUGCUGAUACUCAUGUAUUUCAGGGUUAAAACUCACUGGGUCUCUCCAAUCCUUAACUAACCAACGUGAGCUGGAGCAGGACCAGCCAGUGUCCCGAAGGAGCAGGGGCAUCAAUAGGGCUGGGAAGGAAUCAGCGAAUCCAACAUGGCCCCUAGUGAUCUGAUCACUGUUUAAUGGUCAUGCUGAGGGACUCCGAGGGCCAGGCUGCAUGGAACUCCACCACUUCUCUGGUUUCCACACUUGGCUGUUUCAUUCACACCAUCUUUGAGGACAGAGUUAGUGGAGCUGAGACUGAGCGCAAUUAGGGUUACCCCUGCCUGGGUUUCCCUCACUGGAUGCAGGGCAGUACAAGAAUAUUCUCAGGCCCUAGGGUUUUGUGUGGCGCUGGGUGUCACCCCCACUUUGUUAGUCACUUUGGGAGAUGGGGGCCCAAGCCUGCUUCAAUGUAUGCUGAUGCUGUGACAUGUGCCUGAACACUGGAUGCUCCUGGUACUUUUAGCAGGACUGAAAAGCUGGCCCUUGUGGCCACCUGGGAAAACAGGACACCUAAGAAAGGUGACCGGUGCAACAGGGACAGUGAGUACUCUGCGUACUGUUUACAAAUCCUGCUCCCUGCCCAUAGUUGGACAAUCCAGGCCUCUGUGUCCACGGGAAGGGAUUCCACCCUCACUCCCUCGUCUCAUCUCUCACUCCUCUCAUUGGCCAAUUUUCCCAGUGGGAGUUUUUCCUGCAUGGGGCAAAGGGUGAAAGUAUGUCAUCUCUUAGGUACCACAUCCUCCUCAACCCCAAUUAUUGCUUGUGUCCAGAAGCCAUAUGUUUGUGAUCAUGCCUGAGCUUCAGUUAUUCCUGUGUUAUUCCUGGGCUUUAUGUGUGCCAGAUAAAGCAAACAUAAGACAAU